AUGCCAGUAUUUUAUGACAAUAAUGAAUCAGAUUCGGGCGAUGAGCCUGAAAUACCAGAGAUAUUAGGAGCUGCGUCUACCACCACCACGGUGACAGGAGCAGAAUGUAUUUCCCAUCUCAAAUUCCUAGCUGCUCUCGCGCAGUUACGGGAGUCGGUUGAGAAUGAAAUUGGUCUUUUCAAAAUUGGGGGGCGAGAUAGUUAUCCGGAUUUGCUUGAGAAUGCGGAGAUCCAACAACGAGUACGGGAAAAGAUAUGGCAGGUGUAUGUUUCUCGAGCGGUUGAUCGGUUCACGCGGUGGUGGAUGGGUGUGCCGAGGUAUAACAAUCCGCCAACUGUGAUGUCUCUGAAAGCGUUUGACAUGGAUCCUCUGAAGCUCGAUGAUGGUAUCAGAGUUACAUUAACAAGGGAAGAGCUCCCGCCUCUAGACGUUCUGAUGGUCUGGCACACGUUCAUGCUCAAUCCUCGCGCUUACCUGGAAGAUUGCUUCCGGCAGGCAAGAAUGAAUCUCUGGGCAACCCCGUUCCCCUGGGAUCUAAUCAACGACUGUAUAACCUGCGAUGACAAAAAUAGCUAUUUAUACGAACCCGGUAAAAUAUCUCGAAGCACAUGGAGAACUCAAAUUGGCAGGAAAUGGGAUAAUGUUCAUGAUUCUUUGGACUACAACCUCGAUUGUCCCCUCUGUCAUAAUAAGACAAAAGUUCCCUGGACAACCGCACAUAUUACGAUGUUAUCCCCUGGACGAACUCACCGCGAGGAUUAUAUUGGGUUUCAAUCGGCUACGGGAUACGCAGAUCAGUCGUUUGAAGUAUUGUGCUCUGGCUGCAACACGGUUCUUGAUCAUGAUUACCUCCCAGUUCUCAAAUUCCGGAAAGACAAUCGUGCUUUGCUUAAACAGGAGCUGCCUAUGCCAGGAACGCUGUACAACCCAAAUGGCGUGGUGAAGAAUCAAGUAAAGCGAAGAGCGAAGUGGUCGCAGCUUACUCCAAACUACUACUUAUUGAACUACCGUCGAGAAUUGCUCAAAAUACUGAAUCGGAAGGGAAAGGAAUGUCGGUCAGUUCGGGACCUAGCAGAUGGUAUUCAUUCUGAAGUCUACAAGCACAACCUGAAGAUCAACGCUCUUGACAUGGACGCGGAAUUAUGCCACAGGAGGAUGUUCCACUCGUCAAAGGGUGAAGGGCGAGGGACGUUGCGUCGAAUGAUGUCUCGGUAUUGGGGUAAUAAUUCAUCGAUCUUUGCCCUAGAUUUAGUUGGUGCAGUCAUUAGACAAGGUACUUUUGUACAAAAAAUGAAAAAGCUCAACUGGUUGGGUUUACCCUCAUCAGAAGAUCUUUCCGCACUAACACACAGAUUCAUCGAAAAAUAUGACAUCUUCUGGAGAAUAAUUGUCGAGAACCCAUCGCAAAUUGUUGUACCGACGCUGGAUGUGGAUCUUGUCUGGCAUACGCAUCAACUAGAUCCGAAACGAUAUUAUACUCACUCCCUCACAACGACUUCGCGCAAAAAGCCGGUUCGAUUUAUUGAUCACAACGACAGGAUUGAUGAGGGCCGGAUUUCAGAUUCGUUUGCCUGGACGGUCAAACAGUACCGAAAGAUGACCGGCGGAAUGGUUUACAGUGAAUGUUUUUGCUGGUAUUGCGAGGCGACUCGGAGCAAAGGCCUGUUUGAGAAACUGUCACUGUCAUCUGAAGUCAGCAAAAACCUGGAGAAAUUACAGCAAGAAGAUGAAAGAAGGAUCGAUCUAGAACAGACAGAGACUGCACAUAUCUCUGCUCAUAAUGCAGUCCGGGCAAUCGGAAAACCAGCAUAUGGGCCUGUGCGCAGAAAGAAGCUAGACAAAUUUAUCAAGAAACACGAAAAACAGGAGGCCGAGAAGCAAGAUUCUGUGAAGACAAAGAAAAACAAUAACGAAAAACGCAACACCAUUUGCCAGGUCUUUGAGAGCAAUCCCCCUCUUCAUCUUGAUGCGUAUGUCAAUCACCCUAGCUGCAUUAAUCUCGGACAUAACGAGGCAGGGAACUGUAUAAGUGGUUCUUGUACUCCAUCUAUGGCAGCGGGGAGCUGUGGAGGAGCGAGCUUUGCUUCAGGCUGUGCCGUGGCGAGAAGAGAGCAUGGAAAUGGCUUUGGGUAUAUUCAAAACACCUCUGGGGGUGGUGGAGGGGGAGGAGGAGCUGGUUGUGGUGGAGGCUGUUGA